AUGAAGACUCAGCAGCUCGUGCCACCGUACGAAGUCACGGUCCGUCAUGCGCGCCGAUUAAGUAUGUACCACGAAGGUGGUAGAGAGGUGACCGAAGACCUGGAGCUGCAUCACCAACACCAAGUUAUCGUGAAGUGGCUUGGACUCGACGAAUCGUCCUGGGAACCUGCGGCGAAUUUGCUGGACGACAUUCCAGUCGUAUUUCGCAAGUGGGUCGCGGCCAACAAGGAAGACCCUGCCGUGACCGCCCUCAGCAACACACUGGACUUUCCGUAG